AUGGAAGACAAUCAGGCUACACAGUACUUGGAGGGCCUCCUGGGCCGUACACUGCGUAUACAUACCACGGAUACUCGAAUGUUUAUUGGUCUCUUCAAGUGUACCGAUGCGGAAAGGAACAUUAUCCUCGCAAACUCCUUCGAGUAUCGCAUGCCCACUACACCUGCAGUGAAAGCCGCCGCCAAAGCGACAGGAGCAUGGGGAGAAGGGUCCGAAGGAAAGAGUACCACCGUUAAAGUGAACAUGACACACCGGCUGAUUGGUCUGAUCGUGAUCCCUGGACGACACAUCACGAAAAUCGAGCUGGAGUAA